AUGCUCGGAUAUAUCGACCAUUUCAAAGAUAUGAGAAUAAAAAUUUAUGGACUUGAGAAUAUGAAAGUGGAAACAUCAAUGAAUGUAACACAUUCUCGCGACAGUGGUAGAAACAAAGGAACGAUUUGA